GAGAAGAAGAAGAAGAAAGCAAAUUAAAUCAAACGUUGGAUAAGAAGAAACGAAUAAAAACGCCGUGGAAACCGGUUCAGUUUUUCCCGUUGAUUUCACCGUCGCCGGAGAUCGCUUCGGACUAUCCUCAUCCACUCUCAAAUGAAUCACUCUCAGCCACAGCCUCAGUCCGAUCCAUCCAAUCCCCUUCCUUCAAAAACCUCGCACUCGGAUCAUCCGGAUCCAAUUACCGACCGUCGCUCCGGCGACUAUUCUCCCUAUCCCAAGCUUGACCCUAGCGACGUUGCUCCGCCGCCGCUGCCGGAGAACUGGACCACCGUUUCCAUGGGCUCUCAACCCCAAAAUCCAUCUCCGCCUCCUCCUCAAACUCAGCCAAACAGCGAGGCUCGUGCUCCGAUCUCUGAGGGAAAUGCCACCACUCUGCCGACUGAAGCUAAUCCCUAUGUUUCUGCGGCUCCAGCCCAUGGAAAUCCUUCUUCCUCCAAGAAUACGGUGGAUUCCGUGAAGGUGAUGCUUGGAAGAUGGGGAAAGAGGGCAGUUGAGGCAACCAAGAAGGCCGAGGAUCUUGCUGGGAACAUGUGGCAGCACUUGAAAACAGGGCCUAGCUUUGCUGAUGCUGCUGUGGGAAGAAUUGCUCAGGGGACGAAAGUUCUCGCAGAAGGUGGUUAUGAGAAAAUCUUUCGACAGACUUUUGAGAAUACACCUGAAGAGAAGCUUCAUAAGGCAUAUGCAUGCUACUUGUCCACAUCAGCUGGUCCAGUGAUGGGAACUUUGUACAUAUCAACGGCUAAACUUGCCUUUUGCAGUGACAAUCCUCUUUCAUACAAAGUGGGCGAGGAGACUCAAUGGAGCCUUUAUAAGGUGGUGAUCCCACUACAUCACCUAAAAGCAGUCAACCCAUCAACAAGCAAAGUGAAACCGGCUGAAAAAUUCAUACAGGUUAUCUCCAUUGACAAUCAUGAAUUCUGGUUUAUGGGAUUUGUAUCUUAUGAUAGUGCAGUGAAAAUUCUUCAAGAAGCCCUGCAUCCCAACAAUCCGUUGUCUGCAUGAAAUCUUGGGAAGGUUGGCAUUCUCCUUCCGAGUGAUGAACUUUUUACCUCGUCACCAACAGUACGCAUUGAAGUAAGCCAAGAUUUUGAUGUUAUACAAACAAACUACUCUAGAAAUACAAAUGGUGAAAAACUUUCCUUAUUUGUUUGGAUAAUUCUCUGUAGUUUUGCUAGUAUUGUUGUCCUUCUAUGGACUUCAUGAUUCAUAUUUGAUUUCUACUGUGUAUGGACUGAUUGAGACAGAGCAGAGUGCAAAUUUGGAGGUUGUUUGAACUUUUGUAGAUGGCAUCUGUGAUUUUGUUGAUUGAAAGGUAAAUAGUAUUGAUGAUUGUAUUCCACUGGGUCUCUAUUGUAAUUCUUCUAUUUGGCUA